AACAGGAGAAUACCUUUUAAGACAGACAUAGGCACUUAUUGAUACUACACCGUAUUAUUGAGGUGGAUUAAGUGAAUUUGAAAAUGGCACUUUGGAAUCUAUUACCGCUGCUGGUUGUGAUAUCAACACUUACGAUUGUUGCCUCCUUUGACACAGUAUUUAAUCUUGGAACUGAAAUUUCAAUCAAUAGCGAUGAUGAAGAACUUAAGUGCACUAAGGGAAGCGGCGCUUAUUGUGCAAACGACUGUGCAACAAUGCUGGUAUGUUCGGGAAACAAUCCAGUGCCCGUAACAAGCUUUGUUUGUCCGUCGCCAACCCAAUAUUGUGUUGAAAACACUUGUACUUCAGUGCCAGAUGCAUCCUGUCCGAAUGGACCCGGAUUUACAUGUACCGACGCUGGCAUUUUUCCGGAACCGGGUGACUGCAGAAGAUCACGUGUUUGCGCGGGGCCGGGGGGAGAAUCAAGACUUUAUGAGUGUCCAGUUGGAUUUGUUUUUAAUUCGCGCUUGAAUAUAUGUCAACAGGGGUCGACCCCUUGCACACGCAUUGAUUGUUCAAGGGCUACGGCAGUAAAUCCGUUCAUCGUUUACGCAAGUAAUCCAGCCUUUUAUGCACUGUGCGUUAACAGAGGAAAUGGACAAAUUGAUACCUAUAUGCUCAAGUGUCCGCAUGAACAAUUUGAAAUUUACGAUGUAAGCAUCCGAUCAUGCCGUUUUAACUGUGCUGCCAGGGGUAAUUUCCAGAAUCCAGCCAAUUGCACUGAAUACUUCCACUGUAAUGGUGCCUCAACUUCAACAAGGCCAACAACUUUGUCAUGUCCAACGGAUUUUGUUUUCGACGGUACCAGUUGCACUAGCGAUCCUGAUGGAUGUAAAUAUCCUCCUGCUGAAGAUAAGGAAGAAUCCAGUGAAGAGUUGCCCUAAGUUGCCCUGAGUUGACGUGAGUACUCGGAUAAAAACGACCGUUAUUUGUUGUCAUAAGUAAAAUCUAAAAUCCUAAAAUUGAA